UCCGUCGUCGGCUCGGUCUGAAAAAGUUUCUCCAUGGUUCCUUUGUGUCGCCCGAGCGCCUGUUCGCCGGCCCCGAGCUCCCCCGCUCUCCCCGGCAGGAGGAGGUGGCCGAGCAGCUAGUGGGCAGUUGGCGCCCCCCUGCACAAGCCUCCACCCCAGAGGCUAGUCCCGCAUUCCACAAGUUCGCCAUGAUCGCCACCGGUGGCCUGCUGAGGAUUUCCGCCAGAAAGCAGGACCCCCUCCGCCCCCCCAGCCAGAUCCCCAAGCGCAAGCGGAAAGCCAAGAGGAGGCGCAAGAACGACGUGGUGGUGGUGAAGGGCAAGCUGAAGCUGUGCUCCAUCUCGGGGCUCAUCGCCCUCUGCGGGAUCCUGGUGCUGCUGGUGGGCAUAGCCAUGGCUGUGGUGGGCUACUGGCCCAAGGCCAACGGGCCCAGUAAGGAGGGGGGUAAGCAGCUGCCGCCCGCGGCCAGCGGCCACCGCGUCCCAAACACUGCCAAUAGCAGCAACAGUGGCAGCAAAAACCGGUCCAGGAGCCACUCGGGGACUCCGGAGGGUGCCAACUCCAGUUCCGUGGGCGCGCCCAGGGGCACACCCCCAGCGCGGCCCGUCGCCCCUUCCUCCUCCUCCUCCACGUCCGUGGGUUUCUUCUUCCGCAUCUUCUCGGGCUACCUGCACUCUGACAAGCUUAAGGUCUUCGGGCCCCUCAUCAUGGGCAUCGGCAUCUUCCUCUUCAUCUGCGCCAACGCGGUGCUCCACGAGAACCGGGACAAGAAGACCAAGAUCAUCAACCUGCGCGACCUCUACUCCACCGUCAUCGACGUGCACAGCCUCCGCGCCAAAGACCUGGCGGCCGCCGCAGCCGCGGCCGCGGCCGCAGCCGCCUCCUCGUCGGCCUCGGCCCCCGCCUCGGCCCCCUCCGGGGCCACGCCGCUAAAUGGCUUCCUCAGUUACGUGCAGUCGCGGGGCCUGGAGCUGAAGCCGGGGAGCUGCUGCGGCGCUGGGGACGCCUUCGGAGCAGCGGCGAUGCUGGCCAAGGGCUCGUGGCCUCACCCCGCGGCGCUCGGUAGUGGCGGCGCGAGGGGCGCCGCCUCCCCGCCCGACCUGGCCUCGUCCCCGCGCUGCCCGCGGGAGCCCCCGAGCCUGGCCGAGGCCGUGUACAGCAUCUACCGCGAGCGCUCGGGCGGGGCCGGCCGUCGCCGGGCCGCAGAUGCCGCCGCUGUGGCCGCCGCCGCCGCCACUGCCACCGCCACCGCGGCCGCCAGCAGCAACAGCAGCCCGGCGCGCUGCAGCCCACCCGAGAGCUGGGGGCGCCAGAGCACCGCCAGCUCCCUCGUGGGCUCCUCGCUGAGCGCCUUCGCGCUGCUACCCUUGCAAGGGGACCGCGACAGGGACGGGGACGCAGAGGGCGCGAGCUGCAGCUGGCAGAGGCCUCCCGGGGAACGCGGCUCCCGGGAGAUCCCGCGGGGCGAGCUCGACCUGAGCUUGACCAGCCUCCGCGGCGCCGAGGGCGGCGCGCGCUGGGCGCACGGCGAGCAGGAGGAGCCCGAGGGCGCGGUGGCGGCGCGCACCGCCAGGGGGCAGGGCGGCCGCCUGCCUAGGACCGGCCGGUAUGCGGCCUUGCGGCGCCGCAGCACCAGCGGGCUCCCGGACUACCGGGCACCGUCGCCCCGCGAGCCUCCGCCCUCCCCGGGCAGCGAGGACCUGGACUCCAGCCUUCUGGCCAAGGCCGCCUCCUCCUCCCCUCCCCUGCGGCUGGAGGACUCUCCCCCUGCCAGGCGGGACUCUGGGAGUUCCCAGUCGGAUGACCCAUCCAUUAGCAAUAAGGGCUACACCCCUCUGCGGGAGGCCGGCACCUCCUUGGAGUCGGUCAUGGACGCAGUAGCCAGUAAAAGGCAAGACUGUGCUGCCGCCACCGCCCCGGGUGCAGAGCAGAGCGUCCCGGAGGGUGCCAGCCAAGAGACACCCACGGCUGGGCCACCUCAGCCGGUGCAGAGGCAGUUUACAAACAAGGAGAAACUCUUCAUGAUUUCCCGGUCUCCUGCCCUGGGGGUAGAGGAAGGAGAACUGGAAAGCACUGGCACUUAGGGAAAGAGGGAGCAAGGAGAAAGGAGAGGAAACGGGAAAAGCGCCCACUUGAAUCAGUGCAAUAACAGGUCCCUCUUUCCUUUGUGGACUGAUCCGAGGACAUCAUUCAAUAUCCAAAGAGCUGCAGAAUGUUAUCCUUGAAUUGCGUUCGCAAGAUUCCUGUAGAUAUAACUCCAAGCAAUUUUUUUUUUUAAAGCAAACUAGUCUUUUUAUGUCCGAUGGUGAUUGUAUGUUCCAUGAAAACCAAAUGUAUUAAAAGGUCAGCAAUCUAGUUCAUUAGAUAAAAUUCUCUUAAUUUUCUUAGGAUGAAAAUAAUAUAUUUUUGACAGUAACUGUGCACUUUACUCCAACUUUAUUUUUUACCCCUAAUUUCCCUAACCCCUGUACUCUGCCGCUGGUUUUGUCCAUAGCUGCUUGUGAAUGACAAGCUUUUUUCUCCCUCCGUUUGUGGAGCAUAGAAGAGUUUGUCUCAGUUCUCGUAGAAUUGAUCUUACUCAAUGAAGUCAAAGCCAAAAGCAUGAGUAAUUCAGGAAAGAGCACUUUCCUCGCCCUACCCUACUCUGCUCACCCAACUGUCCAAAGGCCUCUUUAUUUUUUAAAAGGGCAUAUGCAUUUUGCUACUAGGGUAUGUUGUGCAGGCUGGAGAGGGCAGGAGCCAGAUGGACUGUUAUAUUCCUAAGUUCACAAUAUUAAGUACACCAUGCUUUAUUGAGUGUUAUCACACCUGUAUUGAAAAUAGCAUUAAUAUUUAAAAUCUUUUUUAAUAAAAGAAGUUCCAAACAGUUAAA